GUAGAGUGACAGCUCGUGCAUGCACUAGCAGCAAAUAUGGCCAAUGCUGGGAAAUGAAAGGGCAGAGAUAAAGCUUCCUCUGCUCUAACCCAGGUACUCGCUAUCAGAUAUCAACCUUUACUGCAUUCAUUACGUUCGACGAAUCGUGGUAAUCGAUAAUGCAGAUUUGGCAUUCUGCCGGAUCACGAUAAAUGAUAGUCAUUUGCUAUCUUUAUCAGAGAUAGCUGGGUAUAAAUGCAACGUCACUUCUCUCCUAAAACCCCAUGCAGGUGCAUACAUGUACAAUUGAUGUAACACUGCAUUGCGUAUAAAGAAUAGUGUGUGACCUCACAUCAUCAACUAUUACACCGUUAGGAACGACAUCGUCGCAAUGUCUACUUUUCACAAUAGUGCGGCCACUGAUGAGAAGACUGCUCAAGAUGGCGAUGCAAGAAUUCUUUCAGAGAGUUUCAACGACAGAGGAGACAUAGAGGGUCAUAUCAGCUCCGAAUUCGAAGAAAAAACCGAGCUCAGACAAGGUCUGCAUCAGCGACAUAUUCAGAUGAUUGCCUUGGCUGGCACAAUCGGCACUGGCUUAUUCCUCUCCUCUGGACAAGCAAUAGCAAGAUCCGGCCCAUUGGGGGCAUGGCUUGCCUACUCGACUAUCGGAGCUUCUUUAUUCGCCGUCGUUCUGGCGGUUGGAGAAAUGGGCGCUCUUGUUCCUCUCAAUGGAGGUAUUGUUCGUUACGCUGAAAACUUUGUUGACCCGGCUCUUGCCUUUGCAAAUGGAUGGAAUGAGAUAUAUGCACAUGCUGUGUCGAUUCCUUCCGAAAUUACAGCUGCUGCGGUGAUUGUGGACUUUUGGUCGACUCUCAACAACGGCAUCUGGAUUACGAUCUUUGGGGUUCUUAUGCUGUGUAGUGCUCUGGUGUUUGUUCGGGUUUAUGGCGAGCUGGAAUUCGGUUUUUCGAUAUUGAAGAUUAUGCUAGUCAUUGGAGUCGACAUCAUGUCCCUCGUUAUAACUUGCGGUGGGGGUCCUGAUCAUCAAAGUAUUGGGUUCCAAUACUGGCGAAACCCCGGCCCCUUCGUGCAGUACCUUGCUAUACAAGGUUCUCUUGGUCGUUUCCUUGGAUUUUGGAAGAGUGCCAACUCUGCUUUAUACGCAUACUCCGGAAUAGAAAAUUUCACCAUAGCGGCAGCUGAAUUGAAGUCACCAAGACAGUCUAUCCCGCUCGCUGCGAAGCGAGUCUUCUGGAAGAUCGUGAUUUUCUACGUUAUUACCAUUUUUAUGGUUGGCUUGAUUGUCCCAUCAAAUGACCCCAGCCUUCUUGAUUCCACUGGAAAUGCGAACCAAUCUCCAUUUGUCAUAGCUGCACGUCGAGCUGGUAUCAGUGCAAUUCCUUCAAUCAUCAAUGCUGUCGUAUUAACUUCCGCAUGGUCUGCUGGCAAUUCCAGUCUCCUAGGCGGCUCCCGUAUCCUCUAUGGAAUGGGACGAGAAGGCCACGCACCUUCAAUCUUCACUCGUGUCAACCGAUUCGGCAUUCCAUACCUCUCCGUCUCCUUUUUUGGAGUGUUUAUGUGUCUAUCAUACAUGUCGCUGUCAAAGACAGCCGCCGAAGUCUUUACUUGGCUCCAGGAUUUGGUUUCUAUUGCAACGCUGGUGAACUGGAUGGUGAUAUGUACUGUGUAUCUUCGUUUUUUCUACGGCUGCAAGAAACAGAACAUUUCCCGCAAGGAACUCCCAUGGGCGGCUCCGUUUCAGCCGUAUAUUACUUGGGCUUCGCUCACACUAUUUGUCCUGCUUUUGCUUACGGGUGGAUGGUCUACUUUUCUGCAUGGGCACUGGGUUACCGAAAGUUUCAUAUCCUCCUACCUUAACAUCCCCAUCUUUUUCGCCUUGUACUUUGGAUACAAACUAUUCUACAAGACAAGUGUCAUCCCAUUACAAGAUAUACCAAUCAGAGCCUUUAUUGAAAUGGCAAACCAAAACCCCGAGCCGGCUCUGAAACCCAAGAAGGGCUUGAUGAAGUUGAAUGUGCUGUGGGGUUAAAGUCAACACAUAAGGUUGCACCCGCUUGUUGAGAAUAUGUAUUUCGGGGAAUAUAAAUGAAUAUCUUAGAAGAACUCUCCACAAAAAACAUACAAGUAACACAUAUGAAAGUAACAAAUGAUCUGUGUAAUAAC